AUGUGGACUGUUGCCUCGCCCUUCCGCUUCUUCGACAACCUCUCCAACUCAACCACAAACUUCCACAUCACAAUCAACAAACUCUCUUCCAAUUCAACCUCACCAUCAAGAAUGUCUCGAAUCGGUCCCUUCGAAGGCAAUGUCAUGGAGGCCAACUUCAAGAGCACCAUCAUCGACCAAGCCAAGCUCCUCUACGGCAGGACCUACCCCCAGGGUCACACUUGGAGCGUCAUCCCGGAAGAGUACAUCGAGAGGGUCGAGAACUCUGGCAAGGUCAUCUGGGGCUGCACCGUCUACAUCAUCGUCUACCCGACGCCAGGCAGCCUUCGAGACCGCGUCAUCGUCUGCAAAAAGGUCACCGAGGAUGGCCCGCUCAACACCCUCAAGGCCCUCCAGCUGGAGCUCCAGGAGAAGAUAGGUGAGAAUGAAUGGCAGUAG